CUAACCUUAUUGGGCUUACUUCCCCAUCAAACAUUUCUUCAGUCACUCAGCAUCUCCACCAACAGACAGAGGUUGUGUGUUGUUCACAGGCAGAGCUGCAGUGGUUAGAGUGUGAUAGCCUGUUCGACAACAGGAGUUCCACACUAAUUCCCCCUGCAGCGCGUUCGUUCUCCACUCAGCCCCUUUUGGACCGGCACAGCUGCUGCUAUGAGUGUCUUCUCCUCCUUCACCUCCCCCUCUUCCUGCCCCCACCUGUACCACGUGCCCGGUUCCCCCGGCGACGGCGCCUUAUCGAACGCCACCGCCGCGGCCGACGAGAUCAACCAUGUGAUCCUGCGCCAUUACAACCACACCGGGCGCCUGCAGAACAGGACCACCUCGGACGCGCGCCACCACAUCAGCGCCUCCAUGGCCGUCUUCCUCUUCUUCAGUAUCUUCAUCGUCCUGGAGAAUCUCCUGGUGCUGGUGGCCGUCAUCUCCCGCAUCCGCCACAGCCAGCGCUGGGUUUACGUCUGCAUUGCCAACAUCACACUCAGUGACCUGCUCACCGGCGCCGCCUACUUGGUCAACAUCUGCAUGUCCGGCAGCCAGACGUUUCGCCUCACCCCCGCCCUGUGGCUCUUCCGGGAAGGGGUGCUGUUUGUGGCCCUGGCUGCGUCCAUAUUCAGUUUGUUGCUGAUUGCUGUGGAGCGCUACACCACCAUGAUAAAGCCCCUGCCCCAGAAGUCACCGAGGAAGACCUACUGCAGGAUCUACGGCUUGGUGGCGCUCUGCUGGAUUCUGGCGAUGGUGAUCGGCUUCCUCCCCUUGUUGGGCUGGAACUGCGUGUGCAGCCUGGACGGAUGCUCCACCCUACUUCCUCUCUACUCCAAGUCCUACAUCUUUUUCGCUCUCAUCAUCUUCUUCCUCAUCCUCCUGGCCAUCGGCGUGCUCUACGGAGCCAUCUACUGCCACGUGCACAAGAGCGCGCAGCUGGGCUCGCAGCGCAGUCGCAAGCGCUCUUUGGACCUGCUCAGGACCGUGAUCACUAUAGUCGGAGUGUUCCUGCUGUGCUGGGGGCCGUUGUUCCUGCUGUUACUGGUGGAUUUCUUCUGCGGGUCCCGGCAGUGUGCGCUGCUGCUCAGCGCUGACUUUUGCAUCACCCUGGCGGUGUUAAACUCUGGCCUGAACCCAGUUAUCUACGCGCUGGGCAGCAGCGACAUGAGGAAGGCCAUCGCCGAGCUGCUGUGCUGCUGCUGCCUGAAGGCCGGUCUCUGUCACCCAGACACGUUCACAUCCAAGGAGACCAGCAGCACCUCAGGGAGCAGGAGGGACAGCCUGAGGAACAGUUUUAACAAGGUCAGGAACCUGAGCGUGGCCUCCCCACCAGCGACUCCAAGCAAGCCUCGCAAGGCACCCAAAAAAUAUAGGUUGAGCUCCACCACCAGCUGCCUGUCAGUUUCGAGCGGUUAAACCACAACGUGCUCCCCCACCCAAGCAAACGAGACCUGUGCGCACUGAUACACAUCCAACCGUUUCCUCUUAGUUUUGGUUUGAAUGCUGAAGGCUUGGCCCCGGAGGUACUUGCGCUGAUGACACACACGUGACAUAAAAAAAACUGAAUAUAUUCUCGCAAUUUAAACAGUUCUUUGGCCUCCCUUCUGAAUUGAUCUGUUGUUGCACUGUUGCACACAUCAGACACCGUGACUUUGGUACGCUGCAGAUGCAGAGAGCUGGGAAUUGGGCAUCAUUGUCCUUACAAGAGUAAUGAAUCCUCUAUUAAGUUCUUAUUGCAAAGCUUUUUCUAUCCCCUCCCAAAAAAUAUUUUCGGAGGAAGUGAUGACAUUUCUUG